UAUGUGUAGCCUUGGUUAUCCUGGACUCACUUUGUAGACCUGGCUGACCUCCAACGCACAGAGAUCCACCUGCCUCUGCCUCCCCGAGUGCUGGGAUUAUAGGCCACUUUGCCCCAGCUUAGAAUCUCCAAUUUUAAGACAUUCCCCAGGGAUUUCUUACGACCCCUAAAGUUGACAACUACUGACCUGGGAAUCAGGAACACAUUUAGGUCAAAUUCUUUUAGAACUUUCGGGCCUGAGUGCGGGCUAUGUCUAGAAAAUCAUUACAAAUACACUUUGGGAAUAAUAAUUGGCACAUAGUAGGUUUUAAACUAGAAUUUGCUAAUUAAAAACUAUGCUGUCUCAUUUUGCCAACAAAUGUAGUUGAAGGAAGAUUAGAACACUGUGGACCUGAGGAGAAGCAACUGGAUAGAGCCACAGUGAUGUGACUUGCUGGAGAGCUGUCUGUGUUUAAGGAGAACUGGGCAUACAAUGUGUUUAGAAAUGUUUUUACUUUACUUCCAAAUUGCUGUUAGAAAUGACGUAACAUGACACAGGCGCCGUGGCCCAUGGGAGCGGGUGACCCUGACUGUUGAGGUCCUGCAGCGAUGCUGAGCAGGUUUCUAGGCCUGCGCUACCGGGAACUGGUCAAGAAUUGGAUCCCCACGGCCAGCAUGUGGGGUGGGGUGGGUGCUGUGGGGCUGGUAUGGGCCACGGACUGGCGGCUGAUCCUGGACUGGGUGCCUUACAUCAAUGGCAAGUUUAAGAAGGAUUAGGCAGCUCCGUCCUCUUGCCACAAGCCUCACUGGUGCCACACCCAGCCACCUCAGAAGCAGCCCUGUGGAGGAUGCCUAGCUCUCUCCUGGGGAGCUUCUGCACUGAUGGACACUGGGGCUGACGGGUGUGUCAUUAAACCUUCUUCUUGCCUCCAAUGCCUGGGCCUUCUCCUGCGCCAUCUGCCUCCCGCCUUGUCCUCAAGGCAUCCCCAAUCCAAGGGUCCUUUAAGCACUCAGUGUUUGCACGUCUGGAGUCUUUAAUGGCAGAAAUCCUUACCACACUGACACAGUUUAUGGAUGGAAACUGCAGUUGUUCUCUGGGGCUGGCCCCAUAAGUCACUUUCAACUUUAAAAAAAAGAAAAGAAAAGAAAGAAAAGAAAAGAAAAGAAAAGAAAAGAAAAGAAAAGAAAAGAAAAGAAAAGAAAAGAAAAGAAAAGAAAUGACGUAAUGUAGCACACGGUGCAGAGUGUAGAGUCAUGAAGUGGAAAUACUCACUCCCUUUCCUCCUCUGUCCUGUUUCCCAGCAAUCCAUUGCUCUGGCCAGAACAACUAUUACUAGUUUUUUGAACAAGGCACAGGCUCAAGCCCAGGAUGGGAACAUGACUCUCAGCCUGAGAUUCCCACUCUGAAUUUCUCACAGCCCCAAUCCUAUGAUCUAUUAUGCUGUGUUCACUUCAAAGGAAAACUCAAAAGGCAAAGCCAAGAGUUUUUCACUGUAUUUUCUCAGUGUGUUCUAUUUUCCUGGCACCUAAUCACCGAAUGGCUGAGUACAUGAAGCUUCACUUAUACGGAUAAUUCACAUGUAGAAAUAUAAUCAGAGCCAAGUGUGAUAGCGUAUGCCUACAAUGACAGCACUUAGGUGGCAGAGGCAGAUGGACUUUAACUUUAAUGCCAUCCUGAGUUAUACAGACUGAAUGAAGCCUUGUCUAAAAAAAACUUCUAGACCUCCAAAUAAAAAAACGAACAAAACACCAAGCCCAAAACAAAACAAAAAAUACUUAAAAGUUUCUACAAGAAAAUAUAGAAGAAUAUAUUUCCCAUUUGAGGAUAGGUAAAUAAACUUUAAACAAGAGCCAGAAACUUUUUAAUAUAAAGAAAAAAAUGUAAUAGUAAAUUAUACUUUAUUAAAACUAAAAUUAUGGAUUUCUAAAAGGCAUGAAAAAGUCAAAUCAUAUUUAAAACACAUUUAUAGUGCAUAUGAGAUACAGGACUUUUUUUUAUUUUUUUAAACCCAAGUCAUAACGUUACUUUGACAAAUUAUACAGAAAAGAAAAUAGCCAAUUAAAGUAGACAAAAACUAUCUAAUAGCAGUAAGAGUAAUCACCUAUCAAUUAGAGACCUAAAAGGUAAAUUAUUUUUAAAAAAGGUAGGAUUAAAGAGUAAGCCAGGUAUCACCAAGAAGCGGAGCAUAGGGACUGGAGAGACAGCUCAGGUCAAGCAUGCUGGCUGCUCUCCAGAGGAGCUGGUUUAUUUCCUAGCAUCCAUCGAGCAGUUGUAACUGAAGUCUCAGGGGAUCUGAUGUCCCUUUCUGGCUUUAUAAAAAAGAAAGAAAAACUUAAAAACAGAGAAACAAACAGAAAACA